AUGAAUAUCUUUCCUACUGUUGUAUCAUGCAUUUUUAUUUUAACAAUCACAUAUGCAAUUCAUAGUUACCCAUUAUUUAUUACUUCAAAUCUCAAUAACUUAGCUCCUUUUCAAAUUGACAGAAUUUGCUCGUAUAUAACACAAUUACAAAAAAAAUCAGUGGAUUAUAAGACAACAACAUCUGAUACACCGAAAAAACGUUUUGCUAUACCAUUUCCUGAUAUGAACAGAUUUCUAUCGACAAGUCAUAGGCUUCAUCAUCACAAAUCUAGUCCAAUGAGUGGAACUACGGCGAUCAAUAAAAAACAUGAUUUUCAUGCUUAUUUAUGCAGUAUUUCAAAAGAUUCUGAAGAAAUGUCGAAUUUUCUAAAUAUUUUUAUUGAAGAACAUGGUCAACCUCCAGCUUUCAAUAUAUUUGAAUCAUGCGAACAAGUCGUCAAACGUGAUGAACUAAAACUGAAUAAUAAUGAAAACAAUAGUCUAGAAUCAGUUAUUCGAUUGAAUCAAUUAUCACAAUUUUGCUCUAAUCGAUCCCGAUCAUCAUUUACGAAACGAUGGGGACAUACAGUAGAAGGACCAAUAUCAAUUGAUUUUAUUCAUCAAAUGCUUGAAUCUCGUAAAGUUAAAUCGUAUCCAUAUCCAGCUGAAAUGGAUCCUUAUCUUGUUGGUAGAUAA